AUGUCUACUGCCCCGCAAGUUAGUCCAUUGGUUACAACCCAAUGGCUAGCCUCUAAUCUCAAAAACGUUACUGUCGUUGAUGGUACCUGGUUUCUGAAUCCACCUGGAACUGUUCCAAGGAAUGGUUUGAAAGAAUACAAUGAGAAACGAAUUCCUGAAGCACGAUACUUUGACUUGGACUUAAUCGCAGACCACGAUACAAAACUCCCACACAUGUUACCAACUGCUGAAGUGUUUGCCAAACAUGUUGGUGCUAUGGGGAUAUCGGAAACUGAUCAUGUUAUCGUGUAUGAUGCGUUGGGUAUCUUUUCGGCUCCACGUGUAUGGUGGACAUUCAAAGCUUUCGGCCAUCAAUCAAUAUCAGUUCUAGAUGGUGGCUUCCCCAAAUGGAUUAAAGAAGGACAUCCCGUCGAAACUGGCGCUCCAAAAACAUUUCAACCAAAACCAUACAAUGCUACAUAUCAGCCAAAAAUGGUUAUUGAUUUCAAGACUUUGUUCCAACAAGUUUCCGAUUUCAGUAAUCCUGAUAAUGGAGUUAUUGUUGAUGCCAGACCUGCUGCAAGGUUUGCAGGCACAGUACCAGACCCACGCGAACACCUAGGUGUCGUCCCAGGCCACAUCCCAACAUCAGUCAACCUCCCAUUCAUGAAUCUCAUCGAUUCUGAAACUGGAACAAUGGUGUCUACAGACAAGAUAAAACAAUUGCUGAAAGGUAUUCGUGUUGAUUUCACAAACCCGAGACAGAUCAUUACUUCUUGUGGGAGUGGAACAACAGCAGCAGUCAUCAAUCUCGCACUUGAGAUUUUAGGGAGGAAAGAGCAAGUCGUGUUGUAUGAUGGAAGCUGGACUGAAUGGGGCUCCAACAAACAGACGCCAAAGAAGUCUGCUGCUAAUUGA